CUUUGACCCUUGAACAUUUGUGUCAAAUAGCAUGUUAUUAAAAAAAAAAGAAUACACUAUUUUCUGUCCACAAUGUUGCAAAAAUGGAGACGUACAAAUGUUAAUUUCUGUCAAUUUAGCCACUUUUGCUUAAUAAAAAAAAGGUACUGUACUUGUAAAACGUCACUUUGCGAUCUCUCUCCUGUCCCUCGAAAUUUAAAAAUGUAUUUUACUUCGAACGUAGCGACUGCAAGUGCAUCUAAAGGCAAAUAUUUUACAAUUCCUAAUAGCUCCGUGCAAUCUUGCGACAUAAAGUUUGCAACAUUUUGCAUUGUAAAUAUUCAUGAUACAUUUAUCUAAAUUGCUGUGUUUUAAAACUAGUUCAGGAGCAACCAAUUUUAAUAAAUAUUCAACACAUCUGAGAUGUAUAUUUUACGCAUAACAGAAUUAUAUAACGGAAUAAUACUUCGUUUUUUCUAUGAAACAUAAAAGGACCACGUAAUUAAUAUAACAUAUGAUUUUACGGAUGAAAUAGUCGGCGACUAAAAGAAAACAACCCUAUUUUGCACCUCUCGAUAUUUCGCUGACUUACUGAUUAUGUUAAAAGAUUAAGUAUCGUAAUAACAUUUUUCGUAAUAACAUAUUUCGUAAAUACGUUGCAACAUAUGUAGGUAUAUAUAGAAAAACAGAGAUCCAUUCGAACGUGUGUGUUUGGUGAAAGGAACGUGCUGACCACUAUCGUUCAAUCUCCCCACUAACUCCGUGUAGGAUCAUUAAGUAAGCAUAAUAAGCAGAAUCAUCAUUAUACGUUUGAGGAGACGAAUCUGAAGAUCAGGAAAGAUGACUGAAAUAAAUCCAGAAGUGCUUAAAGUAUUUGGCUUUUGGGGCAGUAUUCUGGCCCUGAAAUUAAUGGCGAUGGUGCUAUUAACUGCGCGACAGCGAAUGCAAAAAAGAGUAUUCUCGAAUCAAGAAGAUUUAAUGUUUGGAACCAAAGCCAAGAUAGCUUUCGAUGAUCCAGAUGUGGAACGUGUACGCAGGGCACACCUGAAUGAUUUAGAGAAUAUUCUGCCUUGGUUCACAAUCACGUAUCUCUGGCUGGGAACAGGACCUUCGCUAUGGCUGGCUAAAAUUUUGAUACGAAUCUUUGUACUUUCCCGUAUAGUUCACACUAUAUCAUACAUAAUCCUUUUGCAACAGCCUACACGUGCAAUAAGUUUCUUUGUGGGAUAUUCAAUCAUGGGUUACCAAGCAUUUAUGACAUUAUUGUAUUAUUCCUAAUUUUUGUACAUAAAUCUCUAGAGUAACAAACACACAAAUGUAAUAAUGCGAUACAAAUAUAAUAACAAAUUGUAUAACAUAUGUGAUAACAUUCUUUUAGCAUUUGAGGAUAAGUAAGUUUCAUAUAUCUAAAGAAAUAUUUUUAAAAUAAUAUUUUGAAAAAAGUACAUAUAUUUUAUAUGAAAAUAUACACAUGUUAUCACAAAUCAUAACUCAUACUAAAUGUAAGGUAUUUUUCAGUAUACAUACAUACAUAUAUAUAUCAUCUGUACACAUAUCUAUAUUAAUAAAAUAAAAAUGGAAAUUUUAUAAACAAAA